AUGAAAGUCAAGGAUGUUAAUAGGACAGCAAACAUUGCAUGGAGUCCUGCGCCUCAAUAUCCCAUCUACCUUGCUGCAGGUACAGCUGCUCAGCAGCUUGAUGCUACCUUCAGGUAUGUGUCAUGAUGUGGGAUGGGGAGGAAAGCAAAACAAAUUGUACGUAAAUAGGAUGAAAAAUAAGUGAAAAAUGUUUUUUUACACCAACUGAGUGAUUUCUCUUGCACUGAUUGGUCAGCUUUCGUUACUUUUACGGGACUGUCACUUUAUAGAGGAAAAAACUUCACAUACCGGAAAAUACUUGAAAAAAGUUAAUGGACUUGUGUAAGCAAAAUGACGAGUUUAUGUGACAACAAAUGUAUACUCCAAAUGUAGAAAAUUGUAGAAUGAGAAAAAAAGAAUGAAUUUAUUUAGUUAUUUUCUGUUUUAUUCUCACUUAAGCUGCAGUAAAUAACCUCAAAAUUAUCCAUAAAAUUACAAAGAAAUGUCCUGACUGCAAAAUUCAUGGUUUGUGCGGCUAAAAGACAUUGUCAGGGAUGACCAUUAUAAUAUUUGCACUUUAUUAGUUCUUUGUUGUUAAACAUACAACAAUACUAUGCACUUACUUGUUUUUCUUUAGAGUGAUGGUCCCCAAAAAGUAAUGAAAGCUGAUUGGUCCAGAGCUAUGGUCAAUAAGAGUAAAAAGGUUGGAAAUGACUGGAAAAUUGUUUCUCUCUUUCUUGUACAUGUAUAGGUAAAUUUCCAAGAAACUUCAAUUGAAAUGGAUGUCAAAAACUGUCAAUGUUAUUGUAAAAAAAACUCCACAAGAAUUAACUUUUCCAUGGUCUAUACUGUCUGAGUGUCAUUGACCAUAGAAGUACCCUGUGAGCAGAGGCUACAUGUUUGUGGUAUGGGCUGGUGUGCAAAGAGUAGCCUCUUUGGACAGCCAUUUAUGCAUGUGCCAGAUUUGCCACAUGAUUCGCAAGCAACUGAUUAAUAGCAUGCACUGAUAAUAUUUUAAUAAUAAUAAUAAUAAUAAUAUUGAACUUUUAAAAUUAAUAUGUAUGUUGUAUAGCACUUAGAGGUAGUAUUUCAUUAUUGAAAUAACUUUUAAAUAGGCAUGUUUUAAUUGUAUUUUUUCAUCUUAUUCUGAGCGAAGCAAUUUUUAGCAGAGCUCUCGCACGCGAAGUGUACGCGGCGGAGCACCAUGGGUAAGAUAAACUGGUAAACUACAGUACCGUUCAAAAGUAAGUUGACACUCGAAGCUCGAAACUCAAUCCUCGCUCGAACGCUUCAAGUUUCGAGAUGCGAGGAUCGAGUCUCGAGAUGCGACGAUCGAGUCUCGAGUUUUGAUGAUCGAGGAUCGAGGAUCCAAGAAGCUAGGUUUUCUGAAUUAAGAACGAUGUUGUAUAGUCACGUAGCAGUUCAGAUAGUCGCACCUGCAAUCAUAGUCUGCAUGGCAGGCGUUUGAAAGGGAAGGAAAAGGGGUUUUUGGGUGCAAGGGAAAUGCGAGGGGCGCGCGAGGAGGGAGGGAGAGAGGGAAACGCCUGCCAGGAAACCAUUGUUUUCGCCAUCCCACCUACUAAUUAUGUAUGCAAAAAUAAUGCAACUGUGAAUGACUAGCUGUCAAAUAAGUCUGGCCACGAUGCGCUUAUUUAAGUUGUAUUUCGCGUACUGUUUUUCUUUUGUUUUCCUAAAACAAGAAAGUCUGAAGUGAAGGUACUAUUAAAAAAAGUGCCAAUGCGGUCGUCCGUUGAAAGAAGAAAGUCGCAACCAUGCCUGGCUUGUUAUAUAAUAUCCAGCAUAAAUCUAUUACGUUUUUGCUGAAGGUAUCGUGUUGGACUUCCCAACUUGCAUGCAGUGUUUGUCGGAGAAAUUAAUUACAAACACUUUGCUGACUCUCGAACUGGAUCCAGCGCAGCAUACAAAAGAACACUGGUAGCGGGGAAAGAAGAGUUGAACUACAAUACAGGCUAA